AUGAGUGUUACAUUACAUACAGAUGUUGGAGAUAUUAAAAUUGAAAUUUUUUGUGAAUUAGUGCCUCAGACAGCCUAUAAUUUUUUAGCACUUUGUGCUAGUGGAUAUUAUAAUGGCUGUUUAAUUCAUAGAAACAUUAAAGGAUUUAUCGUUCAGAUGGGGGACCCUACAGGAACAGGAAAAGGUGGUACAUCUAUCUAUGGAAAACAUUUUGCAGAUGAAUUUCAUUCUUUAUUAAAACAUAAUGGAAGAGGAGUGGUAUCUAUGGCAAAUUCUGGGCCAGAUACUAAUGGUAGUCAAUUUUUUAUAACAUAUACAAAACAUCCACAUUUAGAUGGGAAAUAUACAGUUUUUGGAAGAGUGAUUGACGGUGUGGAUACAACUCUUAAUACUCUAGAAAAAUUACAAGUUAAUGAGAAAUAUAGACCGUUAAAAGAAGUGUAUUUAAAAAAUAUUACAAUUCAUGCAAAUCCACUUGCAAAGUAA